UAAGAAAUGUCGGAUGAAAUCAUAUUGCAUCUUAUUCCAAAAUUAUUAUUUUUUAUCCCUCGUACCAAGUCAAUUCUGCUAUAUUCAUCUAGUCAUGUGCAAUUUUCCUCUAUAUAUAGUUUGGUUCUACCUAUUCUUCUUUAGCUCUUCAUUGCUACUGUUUUUAAAUAUUUGCCAAGUUAUUUCCAUCUCUAAUGGCUGAUUCGGAUAGUUCAAGCACAUCAAAUAAUGCCUUCAUAGACUCCCUUCCAUUUGAGGCCAAAAAGGAAGAGAGCUUGAAGCUUGAAUUUUCCCAAGAUGAGGAAAUCCUUGUUACUAAAAUGUUCAACUUGGUUGGUGAGAGGUGGUCAUUAAUUUCUGGAAGAAUUCCAGGGAGAACUGCAGAAGAAAUUGAGAAGUACUGGAAUUUAAGAAAUUCCAACAGCCAAUAAAAUAUUUUCUUUUUGCUAUAUAUGGAGUUACAAAAGAAAAAAAUAAUUAUUAUCACUUUCUUCCUAAUUAUUUAUUUUCUUUUUCAUUUGAGAUGGUUUCAAAGCACAAUAUGAAAAAAAAAGAAAAAAAAAAGAAGUGAACAUUGGAUUGGAAUAAAUAUAUUUUCAAUUUUGUAAUUUAGAAC